AUGAGCAAAAUCGCAGAUCUGGUCAGUGCCGGUGAAGUGGAUCCAUCGAAACCGGUGUUGGAACAACCUGGCGGUCCGCCGCAGAAGAUCAUCCAAGAGCUGUUAAGUCGCGACGAUGAGGUUAGAGCCGUACUCAUUGACCCGAUAUUAGCCAUAAUAUGUGCUCAUGAGCUCACCACACAUAUUUGCGAUCUCAUAUCUCUGCCUCGUCAACGUGUUCUUAAGCGGUAUGCGCGUGAGAGGUGUGUUAUUGUCCUAGGCUGGCACCAUGAGCGUACUGUUUAUUCUCAUGUAAAUGAGCGACCGCGAAAUCAAUUCCGCUCUGCAAAUCCGUCCACGCAGCCGUCAACCCUCGACAUUGUCAGUUCUGCAGACCCUUGA